CAUCAGCCUGAGCCGGUAAACCAAAACGUGCGUCGCGUUGCGUUUUUCGCAUGAGCGAAAGUAAUACAUUCAUAGAAAACAAAUAAAUCGAUUUAGGGGUUAAAUCGAGAGCAAAUACACCACUUGAGACGAUAUGGAUGAUGAAGAGGAAACAUACAGGCUCUGGAAGAUCCGCAAAACCAUCAUGCAGCUUUGCCAUGAUAGAGGCUAUUUGGUGACACAGGAUGAGUUGGAUCAGACACUGGAUGAGUUUAAGAGUCAGUUUGGGGACAAGCCCAGCGAGGGGCGUCCCAGACGGACAGACCUCACCGUCCUGGUAGCCCACAACGACGACCCCACGGACCAGAUGUUUGUUUUCUUUCCCGAGGAGCCAAAGGUGGGGAUCAAGACGAUUAAGAUGUACUGUCAGAGGAUGCAGGAGGAAAACAUCACACGAGCAAUCAUUGUGGUUCAGAUGGGCAUGACACCUUCAGCUAAACAGUCUCUCGUUGACAUGGCACCCAAGUAUAUACUGGAGCAGUUUCUACAACAGGAGCUGCUUAUUAACAUUACAGAGCACGAGCUUGUACCAGAGCACAUCGUCAUGACAAAAGAGGAAGUGACCGAACUUCUAGCAAGAUAUAAAUUAAAGGAAAGUCAGCUGCCAAGGAUCCAGGCUGGGGACCCUGUGGCUCGAUACUUUGGCUUGAAAAGAGGACAGGUAGUAAAGAUCAUCAGACCCAGUGAAACGGCUGGAAGAUACAUCACAUACAGACUGGUCCAGUGACGGCUACUUAUUUACAACUUUCUAUUAAAGUUACUCUUCCUGAUCAACAUUUAGGACCAGUGAAGGAAACUCAGUGUUCCAGUUGCUUUAGCGCUCUGCCUUUGACUUGUUUAGAUUUGAAUAUUUCUUUUAAUUGCUGAUUUUGUAAAAUAAAUAAUUCAAAAUGUUCAA